CUGAUAACCGAGCCACUGAUAUACAACCUUGGUCGUAAGUUCGAGAUCAUCACGAACAUCCGCCGCGCCAAUGUGCAGGAGCGUGUGGGCUGGGUGGUGCUGGAACUCGAAGGCGACGAGGAUGAGAUAGAUCGCGGCCUGGAAUGGAUGACCGAGGCGGGCGUUCGGGUCGAUCCGAUUACCGGCGACCUGAUCGAGGGGUAA